GUUCAUCGUGCGGGUGAUGUGCUCGGUGCUGGGCUUAUUUGUGCGGCAAAGCGAUCCCCGGCUCCGCGACGUCAGCGUGAGGGUGUACAUCGCCAACCACGUGACGCAGUUCGAUCACAACGUCAUCAACCUUUUGACCUCGUGUAACCAGCCUGCGCUGAACGGUGCCCCCGGCUUUAUCUGCUGGUCCCGAGGGUUCAUGGAGCUGGGGGUGACGGGGAGCCGAGCGGAGCUGGUGGAUUCCCUCAAGGUGUACUCGUCCCAGCCAGGGAACCCGCCGCUGCUGCUCUUCCCGGAGGAGGCGGCCACCAACGGCCGGGCCGGGCUGCUGCGCUUCAGCUCUUGGCCGUUCUCAAUCUUGGACGUGGUUCAGCCAGUUGCCCUACAAGUUCAGAGGCCUUUGAUCACUGUGAGCGUGGCCGACUCCUCCUGGAUUACGGAGCUGCUCUGGACCUUCUUUGUUCCCUUCACAGUUUAUCAAGUAAGGUGGCUGCCGUCUGUCCCCAGACGGGCUGAGGAGCUGAGCGAGGAUUACGCGCUCCGAGUUCAGGAG